AUGAGUUCGAAAGUCUGGCUCCCUCGACGGCACUACUUCGAAGUCAACGAUCAGCCAUGGUUUCCGCAAAUACUCCGAGAAAAAGUCCAAGACUAUCUCACCUUAGGCUGGAUCAACCGGUUCCCGAUCUUGCAACCCACCUCCCCAGCGGCGCUGGUAUCUCGAGUCCUAUCGACAGUGCUUGGGUCCCGCGUUUCAGAUUAUGUGUAUGUCGACUUCGCCUCGGGCGCAGGCGGGCCGACGCCGUACAUCGAGCAACACUUGAACGAGGAACUGCGCAAGCAGGGCAAAGAGGACGUCAAAUUCGUGCUCACCGACAUUAGUCCGCAUGUGAAUGCCUGGGAGGCCAUUGCAAAGAAGAGCGAUAAUAUCACCUACGUCCCGUACAGUGUGGACGCGACCAAUGCCCCGCCGGCAGAGGAGCUGUUGAAACAUGUCCCUGGCGCUGGCGUGCAGGGAAAGAAGGUCAAGAUCAUGCGCCUGUUCAGUCUGGCUUUCCAUCACUUUGAUGACGAGCUGGCGGCCAAAGUGCUGGAGAAUACUGUGGAGACUGCAGAUGGAUUUUGUAUUUUCGAACUUCAGUCACGACAUCUCAGCUCGUUUCUGCUGGUCAGCUUGCUUUGGCCGCUCGCCAUGCUCAUCACCCCGUUCUACUUCUGGAACUCGCCGGGACAUCUCUUCUUUACUUACCUUGUGCCUGUUGUUCCCUUUAUCUGGGUCUAUGAUGGAUAUAUCUCGUGUCUGAGGACGAGGACGCCGGAUGAGGUGUAUGCUCUUCUUCGCAGUCGAGUUUCCAGCGAUAAUCUUGCCGGCUGGAAGUUUAAGAGUGGUCAGGUCAAUCAUACUUGGCCUAUUGGCUGGUUGCAUUGGAUCAUUUGCUACAAGGACGAGGAUGCGAACGAAUGA